CGCUGUAAACGAUGAACCAAGCUUAUACAUGGGGAUAUAUGUCGAGUCUGACGAAAACGUAACGUAACUCGUACGCAAAUUGAGUUACGCCUCCCUGUAAUCGUGCGGUGAACGCCUAAGCGCGGGUCGCGUGUGUUUCGUGAAGGUGUACAUCGUCGUCGUUGCCGUUGUCUUCGUCGUCGUCGUGAUUAUCUUCAUCGUCAACGUCGCCGCCGCCGCCGUCGUCGUCGUCGCCGCGUGAUAUCUAAAACGUUUAUUGGAAUAUGAUGAUCUGAUCAAAAUUCAACAUGACUAUGGCCUUCGCCAAUUAUUUUUGGGGCGAAAAAAAUAAUGGAUUUGACGUGUUGUACCAUAACAUGAAGCAUGGUGCAAUAGCCAGUAAGGAAUUAGCAGAGUUUCUAAGAGAACGAUCGACCAUUGAAGAGAACAAUUAUAAACUCUUAAGUAAAGUAGCUAAACAAGCAAGUAACAGCAGUAGUGCUCAAGGUACUUUUGCACCAGUUUGGGCUGCUCUAAGAGGUGCAGCUGAAAAACUCGCUGGUCUGCAUCUGCAGAUGGCUCAAAGAGUUGCUGAACUUAUAAAAGAUGUAUCCAAAUAUGCCGAUGAACUCCACAAGAAGCAUAAAGCUGUGAAGGAAGAAGAAUCCUCGACUUUAGAAACAGUACAAAACAUACAAGCCAUCACUGUAACUUUACAGAAAGCAAAAGACUUGUAUAUGCAAAAAGGCAAUGAAUUGGAAAAACUUAAGAAAGACAAUGCUAGCCAGAGAGAAUUGGAAAAAGCAGAAGCAAAAUUUAAAAAGGCACAAGAUGACUGCAAGACUUUAGUUGAAAAGUAUACGUUAAUAAGAAAUGAUUUUGAAACAAAAAUGACUCAGGCUUGCAUGCGAUUCCAAGACGUCGAGGAAGCACAUCUGAAACAAAUGAAGGAGUUCUUGAAUAUUUAUGCAGAUGUCUUACAGUUUAAUCAUGAACAAAUUGGUCAGGUACACGUGGAAUUCAAGCGACAAUGUUUAGAAAUGACUGUAGAUAAAUUAUUGGAACAAUUUGUUCAAAUUAAAAGCACAGGCUUAGAAAAACCAGGUGUCAUCGAAUUUGAAGAUGUUAUGAUGAGUAUAGCGGAGGUCACAGGACAUUCCCAAUCCGAAGGAAGUGUAGAAUCAUCCAAGGAUACAUCAAAAGGAGCGAAUGGUGAAACCGGUGUUGCUGGUAACAGUCACGAUUCAAAACCAGAUAUGGGAUUUAAAGGGGAGGGUUCUCGAAUAAGUGGGGAUAGGGAAAUGGUGCAGGAAAAGGAUAGAGAGAAAGAAAAACAAAGGGACAGGGACAGAGAACUGUCACAUACGCAAGCCACCAAGGCUUCCCGCCGUACUACCUCUUUACUCAACCUGUUCAUGUCCAACUCCCAGGACAAGCAGAGGCAAGCAGGAUCUGGUUCUGCACCUGCAACUCCUCAGGGAAACAAUCUACCUCCUGCUGUUCCACCUCCUACCAUCUGCAGGAACCCUCUCAGAGGAUCUAAAUGGUUUCUUCGCAGCAGAAGGGAAAAGAGGAAGGAAAAGAAGGCGAAGAAGAAGAAGGAUAUUAUAGAAACAAGCAGUAACAAAGAAGAAAAGUCUGACCUGGAAGAUAAAGAAGAUAGUAGGAAAUCUGAAACACCAACGCCUGAAGUAGACGAAGAUGGAUUUUGUAUCAGACCAAAGCCUGAUCCUUGGGAAAACGAGAAAGGAUUUUAUUCUAGUUCGGAUACGGAUUCAGAGGAUGAAAGAGAAAGAAAAAUUCGAGUGGAGAUCAAACCUCUUAGUAAUGGAGCAGCACCAAUGAGUGCAAGUGUCGAUGAAUUAAGAGCAACUGUUGAAAAUUUAUCUUUGUCACCUGCCCCAACAGGACGUAGAGGUUCCAACACUGAUUCAGAUCAUCACAUGAAGAGGUCUCAAUCAGUAUCUCAACAGCUAGGAGGCAAGCCAAGCUCGGAUUUACUGGGCCUAAAUUUAUUUAAUCCCAGCAGUACGCCAUCCAGUGCCUCUACUCCAACCGGAAGUCAUCCUUAUGCACCCUUACAAAGUCCACCGCCUCUUUCUUCAUCUCCAAUACCACAACAACCGCAACCUCCUCAAUCUGCGCCACCAUUACAUCAACAUACACGUUUCCAAGAUGGCGAUUUAUUUUCAGAAGUUGGUGAUAUUACACCAACUUUGCCACCUAAACAAUCCGCAUCUUCGACGCCUACAGGAUCUAUUAUUAUUCCUAGACCGCCAUCUCGAAAAGGUGAAGGACCAUCUCCAAGAGGAAGAAAUUCACCUGCUCCUAUAUCUAGAGCGGAUAGUGUUGCCAGUUUAGAAUUUCGUACAGCAGGAGUUGGAGUAGGAUCUUCUCGAGGACCUUCACCACUUACUAUCGGCCUUGCCGAUACCAUUCCACUAGCUGUGGCGUUUCAUGAAAUAGUUCAUUCCUAUUUUAAAGGCACUGACGAAACUCGAUGCCAGGUCAAACUCAGCGGAGACAUGAUGUUGUCUUUUCCUGCUGGUAUUGUUGCGGUAUUAGCAAAUAAUCCAAGUCCAGCUAAGCUUACUUUCCGCGUGAGAAAUAGCAACAGACUUGAAAGAUUACUUCCUAAUAGUCAACUCGUCAGCAUGGAUGCAACUCAAACUACCGUUGAUAGUACAAUUUUCGAGUUUAAUAUGAGUGCCUUAACUACGUUGUUGCGACGACAGGCAGAACAAAAUCCGUCGGCCUCCUAUUUUAAUGUAGAUAUCCUGAAAUAUCAAAUUAAAUGCAAAGAAGGCGCGGGUUCCUGUCCCUUUCAAUUAGUUGCAUAUUGGAAAUGUGAAUCGACUCAUACCGAUCUAAAGAUCGAUUAUAAAUAUAAUAGCCGUGCAAUGGCCUCACCAAGUCCACUGUUAAAUCUUCACGUAGCAGCACCUAUUGAUGGUGGCUUUAAGGCUCUUAACAGUAAACCUACAGCACAAUGGCUCGCAGAUACAAAUCGCGUAUUAUGGAAAUUUACUGAAUUAUCCCAACAUAGCGAAGGUAAUGGUGUGGGUUCUUUGAAAGCAAGGGUUGAACUCGAACGUGGACCAGGUACUCAGGGAACUAUAUUUACUCAAUUUAAUUGCGAGGGGACCACACUGUCUGGUGUUGAAUUUGAACUUUUAGGUCCUGGUUAUAGACUAAGUUUAGUUAAACGCAGAUUUGUAUCUGGAAAAUAUAUAUGUGAUGGAGAUUCAGAUGCGCGUACAAGAUAUGCUGCACCACCAUCCAAUGCUGUCUGACAAUUUCCAGAAUGGAUAGCUCAGUGGGGAAAGCUACCGAUUUAAUAUUGGUAUUUGCUUAUUCACUCACUGCCUACAUCAGGGCAUAUUCAAAGUUAAAACUUUAAAUUUACGCGAAAAAAAUUGUUGGAUACCAAAGAAUAUAUGAAAUAAUUCUACAUACGCGUACAUUUUGGCAAUUACUUUCUUUAUUAUUCAUUUCUUUAAUUGUUCCUUUUAGCUUUUUUAUUUGUAAAAGGACAUAAAACAUAAAGUAAUUAUGUUCAAUCUUUUAAUUAAUGAAAGAGAAUAUAUUAGUUACAUGUAAACUUUGGUAUUCAGCAUAAUUUCGCAGCAAUACUCGCCAGUUUUAAUCUCUUUUCAUAAUCAAAAUAUCUAAUAUGAAUGUUUUUACAUGAAGGCUCAACUAAAAAACAAAACAGCAGUAUAAAAUAUUUUUAUCUUCUUAAAAUUUUCGUUAUUUUGUUCGUAGAUAUCACAUUAUUAAAUGAGAUAUCCAUUAGAAAUUUUAAAAGUAAAACGAAAUAUUUGUAUACUUAGCAGGAAAGUGUAUAUACACAUACAUAUAGAUACUCGAAUAUAAUUUUCAAUAGAAAAAAGAAAUUAUAAUUGUGUACAGAAAAAGCUUUUGUGCAAAAAUCGUUUAUAAGAUAAUAUUCAUUUUAUGGACUACAAACGAUGACAUAUGUCAUUUUUGUUGUAAAACUUGUUAAGAUUGUCGUGCGUUAUUCUAAGAUGAAUCUGGAUAAAGUUUAGAUAAAAGUAUAUUCACUCUAAAAAUGAUAUAGAUUACUAAUUUAAUGAUUAAAUGGAGUAGCUUUAAUGAUACAUCUUUACCAUAUGCAGUUUGAUAAGUAAAGAAUGAUUUGUAAAAAUGUUUAACGAUGAAAAUCUAAUGUUAUGCAAGAACCAAAGGUUUCUCACUUCUUUUAACAAUUUCAGUUAAGAAAUUCUUAAUAAUAUUUAGGUUUACAAUGGUCUUCAAUAUUCUUUAUUAUCAUUUCACGAGAUACAUAACUAUAUAUAUAUAUAUAUAUUGAAAUAGAUUUUUUAUAUAUCAUUAUUAAUUACCGUCGUAAUAAACCAACAUUCGUUUCCCGAAUAAUUAUCUCAAGUAUUACUUUUGCAUUUAUGCCGAAAUCACUUGCCUACUUGCCUUCAAUGAAUGUAUUGCAUUACAGUUCAGUUAAAUUUUAAGUUAAGUUUCUUUAAAUAAAAGAGAUUUUUCAAGACGUCAUAUUUCUCGAGAUAUAUUCAAUAUAUUAAAUCGCAUAUCAAUGAAUUAUCAUUUUCUUCAGCAACUAUAGAUACUUACAAUUAUUUGUAUAUAUAUAUAUUUCUUUACAAAAUAAUUUUAAGCCGAUUACAAUUUCUUUUUCUUAUCAAAUCUGAUUCAGACCAAUAUCUGUAUUCUUUACUGCGUCAUACUAUAUAUGGAUGAUAAUACGAAAUGGUAACGUAUAUUAAUGUGCAAAUUAUAUGAAUUUGACAAAUUAGUUGUGCUUAAUUACGUUACUAUAUAAAAAAAAAAAAUAAUAAUAAAAAACUAACUUGUAUAACCACAAAUUAGAUUUAAUUGUGGGUAUUUAUGUAUAAUAUUAUUAUUUGGCCAUUUAUUAUUUGAUACGUAAACGGAUACUUCUGUAUCUGUUGUUAUAAAACAAAAUCUAACAACAAAAA